UUGAGGCAGAAGAUACAUUAUACUCAGUAAUGGAGCAAAACAACAACAGUGUAGAAGAUUUCUCCUUGAAUGUCUUUUCUGUUACUCCUUGUCAGACCAACAGAUCUGAUGCCGUGGUGUCAGACGGGGAUAAAGCUGGCACCACUCUACUCUUUUCAGGUGUGUUUUUGGGACUGGUGGGGAUCACUUUCACCGUGAUGGGAUGGAUAAAAUACGAUGGCAUUACUCACCUGGAAUGGACUCAGUUACUAGGACCUAUUCUGCUCUCUGUUGGGGUGACUUUUAUUCUGAUCGCUGUUUGCAAAUUUAACAUGCUCACAUGCAAGCCCUGUAAAGAAAGAGAGGAAAAUGUGUCAGACCUCGACCAGACUGCAAGCGGACAGUCCUUUGUCUUCACCGGCAUUAACCAGCCUAUAACUUUUCAUGGUGCCACAGUGGUACAGUACAUCCCUCCACCGUACCCAUCCCAGGAAGGCAUUCCUGUGAGUCCCAGCUACCUUCACCCAGUGCUUAGCUGCUGCAGUGCUGUUUCCUCCAGUGCCUCUCCAGUUCCCACCCCAGGCUCUCCUCACUUCUACCCUGCUUACCCUCCGGAUAACCUGGCUUUUACUAGAGAUGAGAACUACACCACUUAUCCUGCAGAGAAUACCAGGAAUCACAGGUCAGAGGGCAGUUCUGAUGAGCCAGAAGAACUGGGGGAAGACUGUAAUAACUUGUCACCUCCACCUUAUGAGGAAAUAUACCCACUGUCUUCAUGAAAUCACCAUGGGCAACAGAUGACAAUUCUAAGAAAUGCCAACAUGAAUCCCAGAAAAUCUUUUCUUUAAGCACUUGUGUGAUAAGCAAGUGUGAGCAAGAUCUUGGUAUUGAUACACAGUUCAGUAUCACUGAAGAUAUUUAUCCAAUCCCUUCUUUUUCUCUGUCAAAAUUCAUUAGCCCUUUGUGAUGCAGUUUAAUAGCAGAGCUAUUAAUUAUUUAAUAGCAAAACUAUUAAUCGCAAAGCUAUUAAACUCAGGGAUCUAAGUCCCUAUUAGGCCUCCCCAGUAAGAAGCUUGAUUGCUCCUGGACAUUCAGCAUCACUGGAAAACAUUUGACUUAUUCUUGAUAUAUUUUUACUCUUGAUUGCUUGGGAAACUUCAAAAGUGCUCAAGUGUCUGAUCCAUGAAAGUGCAUAUUAUAUCUUAAUUCUGUCUGAUUCUUUAGACUAACUUACUCAUUAAUAAGUCCAGUCUACAGAUUAGACUCCCUCUGCUUGGUUUAUCUGCACAACCCAGUCCUGUAGCACAGCUCAGUCCUGUAGGCAUUUUUGGGGCACCCUGCUUAAACCAGAACAUCUCAGAACAGAGAAAAUACAAAUAAUGACUUCUGCCCACUUUACACAGAUCUCUAAGAGAUCUUGCAUGCGUCAAAUUCAGUUCCCUUCUCCACCUGCUGGGAUGCAAAGCACUGUCUCCCACCAGAAGUCCAAAUAAUAACUGCUAGGUUAAUGUCUCUAAAGAAAAUGGCACCUUUCUGAAGCCUCGACAGGGGUGUGUGGUCCUACCACUGUUAAGGACUUUGACAAUCACAGCUUCUACCUGCUGCACCCUCACUCUGUGGUAGAGCACACAACUCAGUCUGUAGGUUUCCCCAGAGCAUUCAGGCAACUAUGGGCCGCAGUGAACUUUCUUGUGCAAGUUCAGUUUUCAAGAUCAACAUGGUUCCAGGCAUUGUAUCCACAACAAUGUAUUAGCUCAGUUGGUUAGAGCACAGUGCUGAUGAAUACCAAGGCUGUGGGUUGGAUCCCUAAAUGGACCUUUCAUUCAAGUGUUGGACCUGAUGAUACUUGUGGGUCCCUUCCAACUCAGAAUAUUCUGUGAUCCUCUGAAGUGUAUUUACAGCUGCAUCUAUCAAAGAAUGUGACAUAUAAGCUCUGAAAUUUUGCAAUCCAGAAUGAAGGUCCAAAAAAACUUUGCUCAGGGACUGUUUAAACCCCAGAGCAAUGAGAUUGCUGUGAGUCUCUAUGUUUUUAUUUUGUAUUUCCACACUCUGUGCCUAGAAGUGCCAUGACACAGCUGGACAAGCCAGUAUUUCCCUAUGCAGAAUCCUGUCAGGUUUGCCUGUCUACCUCAAAGGGCUCAACCCAAAAGCUGUUCUCAGACCUCACUUACGGGAGUGGACAUCACACAAAAUGCUCUAGAGGUAAUGGUCACCAAAUGGUCAUCCAAAGUAACCAAGUGGUGCACUGCUGUUGGGCCUGUGGGUCAGUCUCCAGGCCUGGCCUAGCACAGCCAAAAGCAGGUGCCCAUUAUGGAAUGGAUCAACUUUCUCUUACUUGUCAACGCAGCUUUCUCAGCUCUUGCCAGAUUUCAUCUGUGAUUGAUCUCAUUCCUAAAGGCUGGAGAAGCUUGGCACUUGAGCACUGACAGCUGCAUACCAACCGGAUGUAUCUGACAGGUUGAAGUCAUGGAGUUUCCAUGCAGCCUCCCUAGGCUCUGGGUGGAGUGGUGCAUUCAGAACAUUGUCCAGUUGCAUGGAGCUGCAGGUGCACACUAACCUCCUUGUCCUGUAUACAUAGAGGUUGCCAAGAAAUAAAGCAUUUUUGGAGGGACAAAAGCCAACCACUGCACUCCACAGUUGUGGACAGACGCUGACAGAGGUUAUAUUUGAGUCACGAAAUGUAAACUGACUCAAAGCUGGAUUAGCAACUGAGGCAGCAACUACGAAACAGUGACUACAAACUAUGUGCGGGGUUUUUCUCACUAGAGAAAUAUGGGGCGUGCUGGUUUUCAGCAGCAAUGGCUGGAGUUAGCAGGUAGGCACGUGUGGUUGGAGAAAGGGAGGCAUGCUGUUUUCAGUAUGAUCUCUAUGGGAUUGAGUGAGAGAACAGAAGAUCUAAAAAUAAAUGCAAGUUUCUCUUAUGGAAGUCUCUUACUCCUCUUCCAGAAUUUACGCGGAGGUGAACUCAUCCUCCCUCCACAGCAGGAAACUGGAAGGUCCCAAAUCCCCAGUUAGUUCCACAUGGACAGAUCCCUGCACUUAGCACGUAGUUCUGCUGACUCCAGCAAGCACUGCAAUAGCACAGAGGUCAGGCUUGAUGGAUCCAAUUGCAGGACUAGGGUCAAAAUUUCUACUCGGUCACCCUCCCCCACAACAGGAAAAUUCCUUCAGUCAGAAACCACAGACUUUUCCUGCUGCUCUUCCUUCCCAUAUAUAUGGCAUUAACAUGUUUCAUGGGGUAAUCAUAUCUUUAUUGCAUCAAAUCACACUGUCAGACUAAAUGAAAAAACCUAGAAGGUUGCGGUGUGGACUCCAUAUUUAUUUUAAAGUUUAGUUCUGUAGACUCUAAAUUCAUUGUGAGAGUCCUCAGUUUCUUUUUGAAGAGAAGACUGAAUAUUGAAUUUAAAUAGCUACAUAUUAAAAUGAUCUUGACCGAUCAGAUGAAUUCUACCUGCAUUCUGUGGUAGUGUUUUAAUGCUGAACAGAUAUGAGAGGCUCCAGUCUGAUGACAUUUCCUUGCUGUACUCAUUGCUGAUUAUUGUUUUUAAGAACAGGGGAAAAUUCUAUGAAGGCUUUUCUUCCUUCUUCUCCUUCUACCUUCUCCUUUC